CAAAUCAGGAGGUUAGUAGUUUACUGAAGUGUCGCACUGUCUUCGUGACUGACUGAUGUGCUGUGGACUGUGGUUAAAAUAAAACCAUGUCUGCCGGACAAUCAGAACAUGCCAGAAGAACGCAAAUAGCACCGGAACCCGAUGAGGAGAAAAAACUAGUCACUAGAAGUCCAGAGAAAUUUCUAGAAGGUUCUUCUGAUGCAGAUGUAGUUGAUGGCCGCAUUCUCAAGGAGUAUGGCGAGCCCAUCAAAUUUGAUCCAAGUUUUAAAGGUCCAAUAAAAAACAGGUUGUGUACUGAUGUCAUCUGUUGCAUCAUCUUUGUUGUGUUUCUCUUUGGCAUGGUCGUUGUCUCCAUCAUUGGCUAUGCCAGAGGAAACCCCAGGAGACUGAUCUACCCUACUGAUUCACAAGGCUCUAUCUGUGGUGUGGGCAAACAUGUAGACAAGCCUUACCUGUUCUUCUUCGACAUGGUCACCUGCGCCAAGAUGGGACCAGCCAUUGUGUCUGGAUGCCCCACCCCUCAGGUUUGUGUCAAGGAGUGCCCUAAAACCAACUAUGUGUAUUUACAAAAUGUGGCUGACAACGAUCGCUCAAAGUUGAUAUGUAGAUAUGACGUGGACCACUCUGUAUCACCAUAUAAAGAGAUGACCAUACAAAAGCUGGUAGAGAGUAACCUCUGUGCCUCGUACUACUUAGAGUCAAAGUCCAUUGUUGGCCGCUGCAUGCCCAUUAUAUUCUCCAAAGCCUUGGAUAUGGCCAAUGUCCUUAAAGAUGACGCAGGGAAAAAUAUAGUCAGAGCCAAUGGAGAAAGUAUCACAGGGGGUCUUAUACAGAACGGAACAUUGAGUUUGGCUGAGUUCUACAAACUGAAAGGUACAAUGGAACUCUUGUUUAAAGAUGUCAUAAACAGCGCACACUGGAUUGCUAUAUGUUUGUUGGUUGCCAUGGUGGUAGCAAUGAUCUGGAUUGUUCUACUCCGAUGGAUUACUACCGUCAUGGUCUGGGCCACCAUCUUGCUCUUCAUUGCGCUGUUUGCCUUUGGCACGUACUACAGCUACGACAAAUAUUACGAGCUGAAGAACAUGAACGCCACAACAGAGUUUGGUCUGCCGCAGGCUUUCAUGUUCAACUUCCAGUAUUUUCUCUCUCUCAAGCAAACCUGGCUGGCGUUUGGUUGUACUGGUGCAACAAUCCUCCUCAUAUUUCUCAUCAUCAUAAUGGUGCUGUGUUCUCGUAUAAUGUUGGCUACCAAGUUGAUAUCAGAAGCCAGUGUAGCCAUCAGCUACAUGUGGUGUGUCUUGUUCUGGCCACUUGUUCCUUUUAUUUUACAAUUCCUCAUCAUUGCCUACUGGAUCAGCAGCAUGGUUUUCAUCUCAUCCAUGGGUGAACCUGAGUACCUAAACAAUGGAACCAAUGAGGUGAACAACCUGCUGUCUAGGGUGCCAUGUGACCACACGGUAAAUGGCUCACUUAGUGAUCUGUGUAGUUUUGUCAAGUACGGAGGAGACAUGUACAAGACCCCCAUGCUAAUCUUCAUGACCUUCAUGUUCUUCUGGCUCAUCAACUUCAUCAUUGCCCUUGAGCAGAUGACCUUGGCAGGAGCUUUUGCCUCCUACUACUGGGCCUGGGAUAAGAAGAAGGACAUCCCUGCCUUCCCAUUGGGCUCGUCAUUUUAUAGGAGCUUAAGGUACCACAUGGGUUCACUGGCCUUUGGGUCGUUGAUUGUGGCAAUCAUUCAGCUGAUCCGAGCACUCCUGGAAUAUGUGAACAGGAAGUUGAAAGGAUCAGAGAAUAGGGUGGCUAUUUUUGUUCUCAAGUGUUUGCGCUGCUGUUUCUGGUGUCUAGAGAAGUUCCUGCGUUAUGUCAAUAAAAACGCAUACAUCCUGAUUGCGAUUCAUGGACGUAACUUUUGUACUGCAGCUAAGGAUGGAUUUUUACUAAUCAUGAGAAAUGUGCUCAGAGCUGCAGUCCUGGAUAAAGUGUGUGAUUUCCUGAUGUUGAUAUCUAAGCUGAUGAUCACAGGGGCUGUUGCAAUCCUGGCUUUCUUCUUGUUUCAAGGGAAGAUUCCACUCUUUGCUGAAGUUAUUCCACACAUGAAUUACUUUUUGUUUCCUGUUCUUCUGACAGCUAUAGGUACCUACCUCAUCAGUGACAGCUUCUUUGAUGUUUACAGUAUGGCUGUGGAUACAAUCUUCCUGUGUUUCUUGGAAGAUUGUGAGAGAAACGAUGGUUCAGCGGAGAAGCCUUACUUCAUGUCCAAAACUAAGAACUUGAAGCGGAUGUUGCACAAGUAAAACCCCCCCAUCAGAUUCUUGUAGGAUUUAUUUUUCUUUGUAAUCAAAGGUAGUUGAGAUAAAAUUUGAUGUAUAGAUUCAAUGGAGGUGUGUAUUUUUUUCUCUUUAUGUUACUUCAUUAAUUUUAUUCAUUUAUUUGCAUUGAUAUUUACUCAACAUUUGUUCAGAAGUUGAUAUUUUUGUUUUACUCUAAGGUUGAAGGUUUUGUUCUAUUUUUAAACUAAAAAUUGUAUGUAACAAAAUUGAGGUAUAUAUCUAGGCUUAAAAGUGAUCAUCACACACCUUGUGGUUGUGGGUCAUUAAAUAAAGCAGGGUCUAUGUCUUCAGUCCUAAUUGUAAUAUUUUAGCUGAAAUAACUUAUGGCUACAUCACAUGAAAAUUUACUAUAUGAAUAAAUAUCUAUCUUUAAAUUAGUUUCUAUCCUACCAAAACAAGUAGUUUGGGAAACUUGAAUGUCUUGCGAAAUGUUUUAAUCAACACAGGAGGAAGGAAUCUCUAAUGUUCUUGUAUUGCUGUACCCUCUUUGAUAAACACUAUUGACUUUCAUGUGAAAAAAAAGUAAACGUUUUCAGUGUAUAUGAAUUUAAUGACAUUGCAUGAAUUUCAAAUUAUUUUAAAAUAUUUUUUAAACAUGUGUAUGAUUUUCUUUAACUGCAAAUAUACUCAGUUAAAAAUGAUUUAAUAUCACUUUUAGACUUUUGUAUCAUAACACAUUAAAAGAUGACACGGUAAAGGAUUUUAACCAAUGCUACUUUCAUUUUUACUCCCUUUUAAAUGCUUUUGAUUAAUAUUUUUAAAAUUUCUGUUUUUUUUUUUUAAAUUUGUGCAUUUGUAAUUUAUAUCUCACCAAUGUUAUGUAGUAUUGAUCUUAUGAAACAAUCUUGUAACUUGAUAGUAAAAGCUUAAAUAGAAAAAUUCUGUUUAGUCUACUCUGCCCCACCUAGUUUAAAAUAUGUUACAUUAUUUUAAUUGUUCCUCUGUUAAAGAUCAGUCUAGUCUUCAUUUGUUGACAUUAUCAAUACACUUUGAUAUUGCUGACAAGAAUUUUUUUUUUUAUAUCAUUCUAACCUUAGAAACCGUCAGCUUCUUGUUGUAUUUUUAUUGCAUGUUAACCAAUUGACAUUAAUUUAAAAAACACUAUGCUGUUCCUAGAGAAAGUAAAAAUUUCUUUUUGCAUUUCCAAAAUCUAGAUCUAAAUGUAUGUCCUCUAUAAUGAAUUAAAUUGUAGUUUUUUUUAAAAAAAGUGCAAUUGUUAAUUUAUACUGCUGUGUAGUAUUUUUCCAGGGACACCUUAUUUUUCUCACUACCAUGAAACACCUUGUUAUGUUACUAACACUUAGAGUUAGAUGCCUCAUACAAGUAUAGAAUUCCUUUUAUAAUAAACCUAAUGUUUAGGUCAAUAUAGGGGGAGUUAACCCAUGCAAAUUUCCUGAUAUCUUAAUAAAAUUGUAAUGCUGUCUUCUGUCGAUAAAAAUACUAUAAACUAUGUUAUUAUUCUAUAAUUCAUUGUUUAUCAAUUUAUUACAUUUGAAAUGCCUUAAUUAGUACUUUCAAAAAUUAUAUUUUCAUUAAAGUUAUACAUAAAUUGUGUACAUGUUGCUUUUAUUUAAAAACAAAAAAAUAAACUUUCCACUAUAUUGCCUUUAUUUGCUCAAUUUUUUUAAUACUAUUUUGUAAUCCAAUUGCAUUAAAAUUUUUCCAAAUGGGUACUUGACUUAAAUUGGGAGAAGGCCGCAGGUCAUUGAUAAAAUAUUUUUAUAUACUUUUUACAACUUUCUCCUUAUUUUCUUCAAUGUAUGUCAUCUCAGUGAACAAGCAAACUUGACUUUCUUUACAUCCUCAUCAAUGCUUUUAUCUAAAAACUUUGAAUGUUUGUUUCAUUACAUUGCCUCAACUGUCUUUUACAUUUUUUUUUAUAUCCUGCAGCAACAGGCAAUACACUAGUGGUCAAAGAAACAGGUGAAGUAGAGUUCCCCUGCUUCUAAUCAAUAAGUUGCAUCCAUUAUUCAAUGGCUACUACUUCUUUCAUGUGGGUUUAGAGUAUUUAUCAAGUACUCAAAAACUGCUAUACUAAUCCUUUUUUAAAAGUGGCAUUUGAUUUAUCUUAAUCCAUCUUUAUUUGUGAUUUUUAAAAAAUUUUUGGAAGCUAAAUUGUAGAAAUAUUUAGCUGAAAUAGUUUGUUUUAUAUCUUAGUUAUCUAAGUUGAAUGUAUCUUAGCUAUUGUCUCAUAAGACGACUUUAUUGUUGAACAACACUUAGAACGCAGUUGUUGAAUAUUCAAGGAAUUGAAACCUGUAUGUCAUGAAACCCCAGUUUUUCCUUCCCCGUCCCUUUUGAUCUGUCUGGCAUUUGCUCUAAUUUUUCUUUGAAAUAUUUGUAUUACCCCAAACAAGUAAAAUAAACAGAUUAAAGUCAGACCAGAGUUUCAAAGAUGUGACGACCUCCCAAAAAAAAAAACAACCUAUUAUUAUAAACAAAAUUAACUUGUGUUCAGCUUUUUUAUUCUUCUCCCCAUCCAAUCACAACCACACAUCCAUUAUCAACCCCAGGGGAUAAUAAAUUACAAAUUCAAAUUUUGUUUCUAGCAUGAAGUUACUUUUUUUAAAGUUUUCAAGUAUAAAUUUUAGCAUGUCUUUUGUAUAACUUUUUAAAUUCUCACUUUUUCAUAAUUAAAUUUCAGAGAAUCUGGA